UGUUCAGCUCUGGUGGAUCCACAACGCAAAGCAACGUUUGGAUUCACAUCGUAAGAGAGAGAGAGAGAGAUAUUAGAAGGACACACCAUCAUCAGAACUGUAAUCUCCAAGUGCAGCUUCACUUUUUUGGGUUGGAUUUGGGACUGUAUUUGAGUGGAUUACUUUCCCUUGAAAAGUGGAAACUGUGGAGAGUAAAUUCCAGAAGCUGUUACAGAACAGGGAGAGGCACUGUGUGAGAAAAUGGCAUCCAGAUCAUCUCUCCCAGCGGACAGAUUCUCCUGUCCUAUCUGCUGUGACAUCUUCAAGGAUCCUAUCAUCCUGUCGUGUGGCCACAGCUUCUGUAAAGUCUGUCAGCAGGAAUACUGGGCAGAAAAGAAACCUUGGAAAUGUCCAGUGUGUAGGAGAAGAUUUCCUAUAGCUAUGACUGCACCUCCUCGUAACCUGGCAUUAAAUGACGCAUGUGAGGCCUUCCUACAGGAGCGAAGCCAGAUAGCUUCAGCUGGGUCUGAGGUACAGGAGCGAAGCCAGAGAGCUUCGGCUGGGUCUGAGGUGCUCUGCAGUCUGCACUGUGAGAAAUUCAAACUCUUCUGUCUUAAGGAUAAACAGCCCGUCUGUUUGGUGUGUCGAGAUUCAAAGGUACAUAAAUCUCACGACUGUGUCCCUGUAGAUGAGGCUGUGCAGGAUCUUAAGGAGGAACUUCAAACUGCCCUGAAACCCUUACAGAAGUACCUAGAGGUGUUUAAUGAAGUUAAACUAUCCUGUGAUAAAACAGCAGAGCACAUUAAGAGCCAGGCCCAGCACACAGAGAGGCAGAUUAACAAAGAGUUUGAGAAGCUUCACCAGUUUCUACAAGAGGAAGAGGAGGCCAGGAUAGCUGCACUGAGGGAGGAAGAGGAGCAGAAGGGUCAGAUGAUGAAGAAGAAGAUUGAAGAGAUGAGCAGAAAGAUAUCAUCACUUUCAGACACAAUCAGAGCCAUAGAGAAGGAGCUGAAAGCUGAAGACAUCUCAUUCCUGCAGAACUUCAAGACCACAAAGGAUAGAUCCCAGUACACACUGCUGGAUCCACAGCUGGCCUCAGGAGCUCUGAUAGACGUGGCCAAACACCUGGGCAACCUGCAGUUCAGAGUCUGGGAGAAGAUGCAGGGGAUCCUCAAAUACACUCCUGUGAUUCUGGACCCCAACACUGCACAUCCCAGUCUCUUGCUAACUGAUGAUCUGACCAGCGUGAGAAGACCAGGCGCAGCCCAGCAGUUCCUUGACAACCCAGAGCGAUUUAUGAGGUACACAAAUGUUCUGGGCUCUGAGGGGUUCAGCUCAGGAAUGCACAGCUGGGAGUUGGAGGUGGGAGACCAUCCUGACUGGGUUUUGGGCGUGGCUAAAGAGUCCAUUGACAGGAAGGGGGAGCGGGAUGCAACACCAAAGAAUGGAAUGUGGUGUAUAUCGCAGCGGAGUGGGAGGUACAUAGGAGGAAGAGGUGACAUCACUCUGCAGAGGAGACCCCAGAGGAUCAGAGUGGAGCUGGACUACGACCGGGGCCAGGUGUCCUUCUACGACCCCCAAUACAUGACACUCAUCUACACCCUUAAAGUCCGAUUUACUGAGAGACUGUUCCCAUACUUUAAUAUUGGAAAUGUGGCUAAUGGCAACAACCCUGGUAUUAAGAUCUGCCAAUCUAAAGUGACUCUGAAAGUGAAGUAAUCCCUGUGUGUGUGUAUGUGUGGUAUGUGUGUGUGUGUGUGUGUGUAUG